AUGGAUGAAGAACCAUCUACAUUACGUGGUAAAAAACGUCAAGGAUCACAAGACGAUGAUGAUGUCACACAUGCAAAACGUCCAUGUAAAGAAGCGAAGAAAAGAACGUCCCUUACAUCUGGAAUGGAUGAAGAACCAUCUACAUUACGUGGUAAAAAACGUCAAGGAUCACAAGACGAUGAUGAUGUCACACAUGCAAAACGUCCAUGUAAAGAAGCAAAACCACCAAGUUUAGACGAUGCUGAAAAAAGAUGGUUGAUUGUUGGAACAUGUCUUCAAAGUGUAAUAUCACCACCCUUGAGGAAAUAUGUUGAUUCAAUUUUAGCAGUAUUUUAUAAUGAACUUAUUCGCGAUCAUAAUAUUGAUACACAGAUAUAUCCAUCACAUCUAAGAAAAGAUCCCAAAACAGGAGCCUUCCUGAACUAUAAAGCUGUCAAUAACAACCAAGCAAAAAGUGGCAAAACAAGUUACGAUUACACUAUCAAGAAUUCAGUUGAUUUAUCCAAGCUAUAUCUUGAUACACCCAUGGCGCUCUAUGAAGGCUUUGAUGAAACAUGUGAACCUUCCGCUUUGCUGGGAUUGAUUAUAAAAAUUCACAAGUUUGAUGAAGCUGUGAAGGAGGAUGCUAGUGCUAGCUUAGUGGAUCAAGAUCAAACUAUUAAGAAACACGGUACACAUAUCGGUUGGAAUAACAUUCAAAUUAAGGAUUGGAAAGAACAAGAACUUGGUUUCGUUGAAACAUCUGUUGUAAAAAAGAUUUCACAUAUCUUAGAAUCAGAAAACAAAGUCUUACUAGUAGGGGAACCUGGUAUUGGUAAGAGUAUGUUGAUGCACCAUUUAGCUUUUCAACUACAUAAACAGAGUGAAUACAGUAUAAUUCCAUGUUCUGGUAUUAAAGAUAUAAAGAAGCUUUACGAAGAAAAUGUAAAGCAGAUGUUUGUUCUUGAUAAUAUAUGUGGCACAUGUACGGUCAGUCUGAAAGAUAUCGAAUAUAUUCAAAACAAUGAACACGUUCUAAAGAUAAUGAUGAAAACAGGGAAAACAAUUGUGGUAGCAACCUGUCGAUUAGAUAUUUACAAUGAUGAUAAAUUUUACGCAACAUGUUCUUUUUUCAAAUCAAGUAUUUUUAAUUUGUCUUCAGAAUAUUCAAUGGAGGACAAAUUAAAGAUCGGUAAACAAUAUUUAACCGAUACUGAUAUUCAGUGCUUGAAAGAUCAAAAUGAAUCGUUUACACCUCUGAUGUGUUUUCUUUAUUCUAAAAUAAAACGGAAAACUGAAAACUUAAACUUGCAUGAUUUUUUACACAGGCCUUACAAAACAUACGAAUAUGAUUGGGAAUUAAUUAAAUCAGAAAAUCCAUCCAAAUAUUGCGCACUUUUUUUACUUGUUCUUUUGAAUGGCACAAUUACGGAGGCAUCCUUUGAUGUGUAUAAUGAAAAUAAUACCAUAGAUGCAAAAGUCUUGAACAUUGUUUUUGACAUAUGUAAAGUUGGUCGGACACCAAGUUUUACUGAGAUGAAGGAGUAUUUUGAUUGCUUUAUUGGAACUUACUUACAGAAAACAGGAAAUGAGUAUAGGGUUAUACAUGACCACAUUUUUGAUUUUUUGUGUUAUUAUUUCGGUAACCAGGAUAAUCUUGUCACAUGUGUAUUGCGUCACGCAGCCAUCCAAGUGUUCAAUGAACGGACACAGCUAACAUCGAUUGAUAAACAAGAUAGGAAAUAUACCAUACGUAUAUUGGAAGAGUUUGAAAAUGAAUACCUUGAGAGAAUAAAAAAAGAUUUACAACUUGGGAAACUGGAUCAAACUUUUUGCAAUGCACAUAUGAAGCACCAACAAUAUAGAAAUAAAUUUCUAGAGGUAUUAGAGUCAAUUGACAUCAAUGAUGUUAUCAACGAUCAAGCUAUUAUACAAAAAAUCUUUAUAACAUCAUGUUUUCGAGGAUAUUAUGAUAUAGUCAAACAUUUUAUUUUGAAAUCUGUUGAUUUAAACAAAGGAGAUUUAUAUAAUACACCUCUAACAGCUGCUUGCAAAGGAGGAAAUGAAAAGAUAGUACAGUUACUUAUAGACAAAGGGUGCGAUGUUGACCUAGAAAGUAAUAUUGGACAGGUACCACUGGUAGGUGCUUGUGGGAGAGGUCAUGAGAAAAUAGUGAUGAUCCUUAUCAGCAAAGGAUGUGAUGUUAACAAGUCUAAUGUAAUGGAACUGAAUUCUCUUACAGCUGCUUGUGGGAGUGGACAUGAGAAAAUUGUACAGAUACUGAUAAACGGAGGUUGCGAUGUUAACCAGGAGGAUGAUUCAGGACUGACCCCUCUUACGGCUGCAUGUUCAAGAGAAUCUGAGAGUAGAGUACAUUUCUCUGUAAAGGAGGAACGGGAUGUUUACCAAGCCUAUAGCACGGGACAGACGUAUCAGACAGCAGCUUCAAGUGAUGGAAAAGAAAGGAUAGUGACGUUACUUAUAUCCAAAGGAGUUGACGUUAACCAGAUUGAUGGUUACGGACAUACACCACUGACAGCUUCUUGUAGCGACGGAAAUGAGAAGAUAGUACAGUUACUUAUCGACAAAGGAGUUCGUCUCAACAUGAUAAAUAGUUGGAAGCACACACCUCUGGUAGCUGCUAGUAGUAAAGGGAAUGACAACAUAGUACGUUUACUUAUAGACAACGGAUGUGAUGUUAACCAGGUUGAUGGUGUGGGAGAAACACCUCUGACAGCUGCAUGUAAAGGAGGACAUUAUAAGACAGUACGGCUUCUUAUAGAAAAGGAAGGUGAUAUAAACCAGGCGGCUGAUUACGGGGGAACAACACCUCUAGCAGCUGCCUGUGAGGGAGGCAAUGAUCAGAUAGUACAGUUACUUAUAGACAAAGGGUGUGGUGUUAACCAGGUUGAUGGUAACAGAGAUACACCUCUGCUAGCUGCAUGUUCCAACGGGAAUAAGAAGAUAGUACAGUUACUUAUAGACAAAGGAUGUGAUGUUAACGAGACGAGGUUUAUGGGAAAAACACCUUUGCUAGCUGCAUGUAGCAAUGGCAAUGAAAAGAUAGUACAGUUACUUUUAGAAAAAAAAUGUGAUGUUAACAAGACGGGGUUUAUGGGAAAAACACCUUUGCUAGCUGCAUGUAGUAAUGGCAAUGAAAAGAUAGUACGGUUACUUUUAGAAAAAAAAUGUGAUGUAUACAAGGAAAGUAAUUUUGGAGAGACCCAUCUAAUAGCUGCUUGUACAGCAGGAAAUGAGAAAAUAGUACAGUUACUUUUAGACGCAGGAUGUGAUGUUAACCAGGUUGGGGAUAAUACAAGCACACCUCUGCUAGCUGUGUGUAUCGAAGGCAAUGCUAACGUAUUACAGCUACUUCUAGACAAAGGAUGUGAUGUUCACUGGGAUGGAAAUAUGAUGGAGUCGCCUUUAACAGCUGCCUGUAAGAGAGGAUAUGAGAAGAUAGUACAGUUACUUAUAGACAAAGGAUGCAAUGUUAAUAAGGCUGAUGAUAUGAAAAAAACACCCCUAGUAGCUGCAUGUCUGAAAGGAUGUGAGAAGAUAGUAAAAUUAUUAAUAAAACAAGGCGGCUGUGAUGCUAAUCAGGCUGGAGAUAUGAGAAGAACCACACCUUUGGUAGCUGCUUCUACAGAAGGAAAUGAAAAAAUAAUACGGUUUCUUAUAGACAAUGAAUGCGACGUAAAUCAGAAUAAUUAUGAAACAAGGUCACCCCUGACCGCUGCUUGUGCGGAAGAACACGAAAAGAUAGUUCAGUUACUUAUAAACAAAGGAUGUUAUGUUAACCAGGUUGAUGGUUUGAUGGAGACCCCUCUUACAGUUUCAUGCAGAAAUGGAAGUAAGAAUAUAGUACAAUUACUUAUAGACAAUGGAUGUGAUGUUAACCAAGUUGGUGGUAUGAGAGAGACACCUCUGAGAGCUGCCUGCUGUGGAGGAAAUGAAAAUAUAGUGCAUAUGCUUUUUAACAAUAGAUAUGAUAUCGACCGGGUUGAUGGUGUAACAAAAGAUACACUUGUCACAUUUGCGUGUAUGAGUGGAAAUGAAAAGAUAGUACAGUUACUAUUUGAAAAGGGAUGUAAUGCUUUCUAUGGAGGCAAUACGGGACCCACAGCUUUCAUAGAAGCUUUGAUAGCAGCUUGCAGGAAAGGGAAUGAGAAGAUAGUACAGUUACUUAUAGAUAAAGGUUAUGAUGCUUUCUAUGGGGGCAGUAAGGGACAAACAGCUUUGAUAGAAGCUUUGAUAGCAGCUUGCAAGCAAGGGAAUGAGAAGAUAGUAAAGUUACUUAUAGAUAAAGGAUGUGAUGUUAACCAGGUUGAUUGUUCGGAGACACCUCUGACAGCUGCUUGUCGGAAACUACAUCCAAAAAUAAUACAGUUACUUAUAGACAAUGGAAGUAAGGUGAACCAGUGUGAUGGAACGGGAAAGACACCUCUAACAGUAUCGUGUUCUAAGGGAAACAAGAAUAUUGUACAGUUACUUUUGAAAAAUAGUUGUGAUGUUGAUCAAAUUAAUAAUUUGAAAGAGACGCCUCUGACAGUCGCUUGUUCGGAAGACAAAAUACAGAUAGUGCAGUUGCUUAUACACAACAGUUGUAAAGUUAAUAAAGUAGUUGGUACGACACAUACACCUUUGACAGUUGUUUGUUUGAAAGGAAAUAUAAAGAUAGCAAAAUUUCUCAUAGAAAAAGGAAGUGAUGUUAACCAGACUGAUGAUAUGGGAGAGACACCUCUGACAGCUGCGUGUUCUAAAGGAUAUAAGAAGUUAGUAAAAUUCCUUAUAGAGAAAGGAAGUGAUGUUAACCAGGUUGAUGGUAAUGGAGAGACACCUCUGAUGAAUGCUUGCCAGAUGGGGUAUAAUAAUUUAGUACAGUUACUCAUAGACAAUGGAAGCGAUGUUAACAAGUCAGAAGGUAUUGAACAUACUCCUUUGACAGAAGCUUGUUUGGGAGGAAAUGAUAAGCUAGUAGAGUUACUCAUAGACAAAGGCUGUGAUGUUAACAAAAUGGAUGAAAGCAAACAGACACCUCUGACGAUAGCUUGUGGUAUUGGAUAUGAGAAGAUAGUAAAGUUACUCAUAGACAAGAGAAGCGAUGUUAACAAAUCAGAAGGUACAGAACAUACUCCUUUGACAGAAGCUUGUUUGGAGGGACAUGUUAAAAUAGUAGAGUUACUUAUAAAAAACGACUGUGAUGUUAACCAGGCUGAUAGUGAAGAUUAUACACCUCUGGCAGCAGCUUGCUAUGAAGGACAUGAGGAGAUAGUACAGUGCCUUAUAGACAAUGGAUGUGAUGUUAAACAGUCUCUCAGUACGGAGUAUACACCUCUUACAGCUGCUUGUAGAGUUGGAAAUUUGACAUUAGUACAGUUACUUAUAGACAAUGGAUGUGAUAUUGAUGAGGUUGAUCGUACGGGAGAAACACCUCUUACAGCAGCUAGAGAGAACAGACAUGAAAAUAUAGCCCAGUUUCUUGUAGACAAAAUGUGUGAUAUUAGCAAGGUUAAUAGUAAAGGAGAUACGUUUAUGACAGCUGAUAAUUGA